GGAGGAGGCCAGAGCUGGUUUCAGGGCUGUGUUACGUACUGUCUUAAGUAUUUUCAAAUAGAUUAGCCCAUUGGAGUCUUUCAGGAUUUCUGAAAAAUAAGUUACAUUAUACACAAAUUAAAUAUUCUCUGUUGUGCAUGAAUUUGUAUUGGCACAGUUCUGGCAAAUCGUAAUUGCUGGUGCUUCCUAUUUUUCUCCCGCUUUCUGUUGUGCUCUUCUCCUGAGGUGUUUUUUUGUUUUGUUUCGUUUUAAUGGGGUCUCCUUAUUUUAUUUUUUUUCCUUUUAUUUACUGAAGAGACAUUAUUGGAAAGAGUAAAGCUUUCUUUUCCAGGUCAUAGAGCUUUUACCUCAAGGGAGGAGUCAGACAGUAAACAGGUAAAGGAAUGAGUGAUAGAAUGUAAGAAAGUGGUAAUGCUGUAAAGAAAAAUAAAAGCAAGGUAAAAGGAUGGGGCAGAUGGAUGCUAUUUUAGUAACAGUCGGGAAGGUGACAUCUGCGAGCAGACCUGAGCGAAAGGAGGUGUGGAUAGGAGCUGGGUUUUUGUUGGUGUUGUGGCUGUUGCCUGAGCUGCUGCCAGUAAAUGAGGGGAGAGGGGGCCCGAGACACAGGCAGGGGCCAGACCACCAGGCCGAGAUUAGCAAAGAGCCGCGUCUAAAAUACCACCCACCCCCCCCAACAAAUUGUGAUUUUUCUCCCUCCUUUCAGACUCCUCCUUUGAAGGAAACAGAGUGUUUACAUGUAUAAUUUGUUCACUUUAAAUGUAAGGAAGGCAUUGCCAGUUGUCUCUAGAAGUUUCUUACAAGGGCACAUCCAGCUAUGGAGGUAAGGUGUUACUUUGGCCCCUUUGCAGGUAUUUUUUUAGUGGGUGGGGUCAGUCAAAUUUUGUCUUAAGAUUCUUUGUUAUCUUUGAGUGACCGUUUAUCAUAGCGAUUCUCCCAUUUGUCUGGCCCUAUUUCCUGGGUCGUUUGAGAAUAUUUUAAUGCUUGUGUAGAAAAUGUAGCUUAUGGGCCCGCAGCUUCCUCAUACAAUUUUUUUUUUUUUUCAGUUUUCUCUUGGUCCUUGGUUUUUAUACCUCCUUUACCCCAUCCUUUUCAUAGAUCACCUUUUCAAUUUCUAGAGACCUUUCCUGUUUUUCUGAGCAUAACACUCAACAUGAGCAAGUAAGGUGAGAAACUCCUUCAUAUUGGAUAACAUGUAUCUGUCAAACAUUUCUGCUUUAGACUAUGUCAGUCCCAGGUUAGGCCCCAUGUGGUUGGCAGCUGCUAAGAUGGCUCCAGUGAUCCUGCCUCCUGGUAUAGCUGCCUCCCCUUGAGUGUGGGCUGGACCUGGGGCCUUCCUUCUAACAAAGAGGAGAUGGCAAAGGGAUGGGAUGUCAGAAAAGAGUCUGGCUCCUGGCUUGUUUGUCCUCUCUUGCUUGGUUGCUCUGAGGGAAGCCAGCUGCCAUUCUGUGAUUCCCUAUGGAGUGACCCACAUAGAGGGGGACAGAGGAAGGUGUGUAGCUAACAGCCAGCAAGGAACCAAGUCCCUCAGCCUAACUGAGCAACUGAAUUCUGCUCAUAACUCCAUGCACGAAUAUGGAAGCAGAUCCUCACAGAGGUGAGCCUGAAGAUAACUGCAGCCAGAGAAGAUGGCAAAAGGGCUAGGAUCUUGCAGAUGCCUGACCCAUGGAAACUAAAGGCUUUUCUGUGGAGUUCAGAAUCAUUUCUAGAAAUCUGAAACUUCAGACUCUCCAAGAUGUACCUCAGUGCAGCACAUCACCGCAUCCCUCUUAAUGAUGGAAAUAGCAUUCCUAUCAUUGGACUUGGCACCUUCUCAGAACCUAAACUGACCCCUAAGGGGAUCUGUGGGACAUCAGUGAAAAUCGCCAUUGAUACGGGGUACCGGCACAUUGACGGGGCCUUCAUCUACCAGAACGAGCACGAAGUGGGCGAGGCCAUCAGGGAGAAGAUAGCAGAAGGAAAGGUGCGGAGGGAGGAUAUUUUCUACUGCGGAAAGCUGUGGGCUACAAAUCUGGACCCGGAGAUGGUCCGCCCGGCUCUGGAGAGGACGCUCAAGGUCCUCCAGCUAGAUUACGUGGAUCUUUACAUCAUUGAAGUACCCAUGGCUUUUAAGCCUGGAGAUGACAACUUUCCUAAAGAUGAAAAUGGCAAAUGGUUAUAUUGCAAGUCAAAUCUGUGUGGCACUUGGGAGGCUUUGGAAGCUUGCAAAGAUGAUGGCCUGGUGAAAUCCCUUGGAGUAUCCAAUUUCAACCGUAGGCAGCUGGAGCUCAUCCUGAACAAACCAGGACUCAAGUAUAAGCCAGUCAGCAACCAGGUUGAAUGCCAUCCAUAUUUUACCCAGCAAAAACUCUUGAAAUUUUGCCAACAACAUGACAUUGUCAUUAUUGCCUACAGCCCUUUGGGAACAUCUAGAAAUCCAAGCUGGGUGAAUGUAUCGUCCCCACCUUUGCUAAAGGAUGAGCUUCUAAACUCACUGGGGAAAAAGUACAAUAAGACAGCGGCUCAAGUUGUUUUGCGUUUCAGUAUCCAGCGAGGAGUGGUUGUCAUUCCUAAAAGCUUUACCCCUGAAAGGAUCAAAGAAAACUUUCAAAUCUUUGACUUUUCUCUUACUGAAGAUGAAAUGAAGGACAUUGAAGCCUUGAAUAAAAAUGUUCGCUUCGUGGAAAUGCUCAUGUGGCGUGACCAUCCUGAAUACCCAUUUCACGAUGAAUACUAACUUCAGAGGGCUCCGCACCAGAUAUGUGCCCGGACUUUGGGCUGGGUGGUCCCCCCAGCUAUGCAAACGAAAGGGCUUUACCCUCCUGAGAUGAAGUGGAGAUGACGACACCCUUAAUCAUUCUUCAUUAUGUCCAGUUCUCGAAAUGGAAAUUUGUGUAAUGUAAGUGACUUUGACUUAGCUAUAUGGGAAGGGGUUAAAUCUGUUAAAAUAAUUGUUGGAAAUUAUCAACUACUAUUUUAUUAAAUCAGGGUCUUCUGGGUUUCAGACAGAAAAAACAUUAGGCCUUAGAAAAGACUUCAAAGGAAGCAUAUGAAGAUAAAUAACCCAUGAAGCUGGGUACUGCCAUGAGUAGUCUAAAUUCUUUAGCAGUUCACAGGGCAACAAAGAGGAUAGAGAGCUGGAUCAAUGCCAGUGUGCUGGCAAUGGCCUUGGUGGUUUGGACCAUUGACUGAAAUACAGACACAGCCAAGGUAAGAUCCAUGUACGCAUUAUUCACAAGGAAGUGAUUUGCUGCACCUUGAGUAAAGAGAGUGGGCUGAGUGUAGAAAAGUCUUCAUAAAGCUAAUGAAACACCCCAGCAGACAACAAAGCCCCACUGAUUUGGUUGUUGUUUGUUUCCAUCCAAUGUGUGUCUGUAGGAUUUACCCAGCUUGAGGGAUAGACAAUUGCUGGUUCUCUCUUACAUGCAUCAAAGAGCCUGAGCUUCAGCGAACUAGUGAUCCAUGCUAGCAGGCUUGUCACUCUUGUCCCCGUUUAUUAUAUGACCACCAUUUUGCAAAGUGGCUCAAGACAACCAGCAUGCAUGUAACUGAAUUUUGAGAAUGUAGCAAGUUUAAAAGAACCCUGAUGAUUUUACCAUAUUAAAUUUUUAAGUGAAUAAAAAGAUUAUUAUAAUUCCAUAUUGGAGAUGUACCUAUUUUCAAUUCAACCAGAGCAGUAAAUUUUAUUCAUUCACUGUCAUAGGGCAAGAGAGCUCUUCAGAACUUCAAAACAGGGAGUUCCUGUUGUGGCUCAGUGGUUAACGAACCUGACUAGUACCGUGAGGACUCGGGUUCGAUCCCUGGCCUACCUUAGUGGGUUAAGGAUCUGGUGUUGCCAUGAGCUGUGGUGUAGUUGCAAAUGCAGCUUGGUUCUGGCGUAGGGCCCAGCUACAGCUCCGAUUUGACCCCAAGCCUGGGAACCUAUGCUGCAGGUGUGGCCCUAAAAAAAACAAAAAACAAAACCCCUCAAAACAAACUUGUAUUUAUCCAAAACCAAUUGCUUAUUGAUAAUGUUCCAUUACCUGAAAACAUACAUCUCUGAGAAAUUAUCCAUUUAAAAAAUUGAUCUCUACUUAUUAUUUCCACUAAUUGUAAUAUUAAUACUUACAAUGCUGUCCUCUGGAAAACAUUUUGUUCACAAGAAAUAAUAAAAUAUAAUGAUUUAUUCUAC